AUGGAUGGUUUGAGCACACACUCCCCAGGCCCUUUGGCCCUCUGGCCCUCUGGCAGUGACUGUGGCCGGUCCAUCUGCCUCCUACUGUUCUGCUCUGUUGGGACCCGCCUUGGCCCUACCAUGGAAGACCCUCCGUGCCCCUUCUUCCACCCCCAGGCAGCUGCUGGCUCCCUGGGCGAGUGCUGUGCUGCCAGAAGGAUUACCCUGCGAGCUGCCAGUGUCAGCAGUGAAUCAAACAGCAGGUUUGAGGCCAACAAAGGUAAGAGAGACAGUGAGCACAAAACAUCAACAAAUAGAAUAUCACCCAGUUUGUCGAUCACACUCAGGAGUCACAUGAAAACAGUGGAGCAGGAGUCUUCAAGGCCCCUGACGGGAGAAGCUGCAGCGGAUAAAGUAGAGGAGUGA